AUGCCUCCACUUAUCCGGCGCAGACCACUUUCUGAACGGAUAAAGGCUUACCUGAAUCCCCUCGAUUUCCUGCUGUGGUUAUCGGAAGAGCUUGAUUCGAGUGCCUGGGAACAGUGGGAAAAGGAAUGGUCAAUUCCAUUAGGGAUUGGGUUAAAUGUAGUGUUCCUCAUAGCUCGUGCAAACAGCCGAACCAGCAAUGGUAGAAUUGAGGAUGACGUCUUUGGAGAUGUGGUCGAGGCGAGUUUUUUCAGCUGGUUUGCUUCGUUCGUUGUUCAUUUAUUAGCAUUUGCCGCUCUAUUCAACGCGUUCUACACUUUCUGGCGCAAACGCCAUUAUCGACUAUUCGAAGCAUCAAUCGACAAUGCACCAGCCACCCCUUCCGCACACCGAGUCCCGGUGAACUCAUCACCCAUGGUUUCGUCGCCAAUGCGAUUUCUCUCUAGUGUGCUGUCCAUUGGGUCAGCGGAAGCAAGGGCACAUCCAAACGCGCAACGGGACGUGUGGGAGCUAGGCGUGUGGGAUCCUCAUCCGCUAUCACUACGGCUACUAUGCCUCUUCAGCCCCGGACAUGUCUUUAUAUAUUGGCUCUUCCUGCCCACCUCCGCAGCGGACCCGCAGCCAAGCGUUACUAUUGUAAUGACACUAUUUCUGACGACACUACUAACAGUCCAAAUGUCCAUGCUAUCAUCUGCCUUCUCGCAACAAUUGAAAGACUCGACGCUGGUCCAUAAAGAAGUUCUAAAUGAAUAUGACACCAAAUACGUCCACCCCCGAACACAGCCUGUGAUGCGGAGCGUGGCUACUCAGCAUUCCGAGGAAAUGUCUUACAACGCCAAUUUCGAUGAAGCGUAUAAUACUGUGAACACCUAUACUCCAGCAAUGCGAAGAGGUUUCAAAAUUAGCCCUAACCCAAAUUACAUCAGCCACAUAGACCCAGAAGGGGCGCUGAAGCAAUACUGCCAGCCUCCUCGACCUUCCACUUCAACACCCCGCGUAUCAUCGUCUGGAAUCGACGUUUCUACACCUCCUUACGGCACAGAUCCCUCAUCCCCCCUUCAUGCACGAAGUGCUAACAUUCGCCAAUCUCAUUUUCCAUCUGUGUCUUCCACGGCUGACGGUGGAAGCUUAGGGGUAUUUUCUCAUGCGAGAUCUCCGUUGAGAAAGGCAACAUCGACCCAUUUCGACCAGAGACCAGCAUCUCGUGGCGAUGAGCCUGGUCCUAGAGAUCGGCUUCACAGUGCGGCAAAGCGCCCAUCGAGCCCGCUAAAAAGAUCAAGUGUUCCUGGCGCGAUCCUCUCUGGUUAUAUGGUUCUGGUUCUUCUCAGAAAUUUGCCCAUAUCACCCCUCUAG